CCUGCACGGAAGCGGCUCGGCCGGGCCCCCGCGUGUCCGCGGCCCUUCCCCGGGCGGUGUGGCGCUGUGUGGGGUUCCUCCCCGUGCCCACGCCGCCCGCGCUGCCUCUGGGGCUGGCUCCGGUGUUUUUUAUCCCCCACCCCACGCAGCGCUCGCCCCGUGGGCGGCCAUGGAGCAAGCGCUGAGGGCCCUCCGCCGGGGGGCCGCCAGGCUGGCGCCCGCUGCCCGGCUCGGGGCGGGGGGGCACGGCCCCACGCGGGACAGGCGGCCCCCGUGGCCCUGCCGGCCGGUGGGUGGUGGGCAAGGGCUUUCCCCAGGCGCUCAGCUUCCAGCUGCGGCCCUGCGAGGGGUGGCUGAGGCAGGGGGCGAUGCCUGCGGCUCCCCACGGACACGCGUGGGCCCGGACCCACAGAGCCGGCCGGGGUCCAAAGCUUGCGAGAGGGGACCCAGGGGGGCUGCGGCAGCAGGGCAGGAGGGCCGGGGCUGGCUGGGGAGCGAUUUGCCCAAGCCCAGGAGGAGGCUGGAAGGGAAGCCGCUGCCCAUCGAGAGGACGAGAGGCUCGGAGAUCCUAUUUGGCAUCACGCCGUGUGCCGUGGCCCUCUCGCAGUCGAGAAGGGACCUGUUCAGGUUGUUUCUCAAGGAGAGCGCCGGCUCUCAGCGGCUCGUCAUGAGCGAGUUUGUCCUUCAGGCCUCAGCCCGGGGGGUGCCUGUGCACCGAGUCGGGAGGAGAGAGCUGGAUGCGCUGUGCGGGGGUCGGGUCCACCAGGGGGUUUGUUUAGAGGCCACCCCUCUCCGUUUCAAGAGUUUGGAGGAAGCUGAGAAGCCCGAUUUGGGGGAUGAAGAGAGUCCGAAGCGACAGCUGGUUUGGCUGGUGUUGGAGCAGAUCCAGGAUCCCAUGAACCUGGGCGCACUGUUGCUCUCUGCCUACUUCUUGGGGGUGGACAGAGUGGUGACCAGCCAGAGAAACAGCUGCCCCUUGACUCCGACAGUGAGCAAAGCUAGCUCUGGAGCUAUGGAAGUCUUUGAUGUCUACAGCACAGAUGAUCUCCGGAGCUUUUUGAAGGCUAAAGCUGCAGAAGGCUGGGAAGUUGUGGGAACGGUGAGCAAGCCUGAAGAGGUGGAAAAUGUUCCUGUCGUCAGUUGCUUGGAAUUUCGGUGGAAUAAACCCAUUAUUAUAGUAAUAGGUAAUGAAGGUGACGGACUUUCACUGGAGACGCAGCUCUUGUGCCAUCGGAUGCUGGCCAUUCCCCCUGGCAGAGCGCUUCACCCGGGGAUCGAGUCACUGAACGUCUCUGUGGCUAGUGGUAUUCUCCUGCACUCCAUCUGCAGCCAAAAGCUGAGGCAGUGACUGAUUUUUCUUGUGGCACGUGGUGGAGGUCAUCCAGCCUGGACCUUUGGAAGCCACUUGGCGUUUCAUGGCUGCUUUCUGUCAGUGUGGAUGUGGAACUGCUCUUUCCAGGCUUUUCACCAUCUCUGCAACGUACAGGGAGAGCCCCGUUGGCCCGACCUGUAUUUUGGCUGAUGCACAAUACCACCAGAGCCCUGGCUCAGUGCUGAAGUCAGAUGCCUUCGUGCAGUAGGUAACACCUCCCACCCUCAGGGGAAAGGUUGUCAGGAAGGGGAGACAAAGCUAGGUUUUAAAAGCAGACAGCCGAAUCCUUCGUUUUUUGCAAUAAAAUAGCCAGUGUUGGCUGCAAGUCUUGUUUGUUGCAAGGGGACUUACAUUGCUCAGGGUGCGGAGAGGAUUUUGGGCUGCAGCUUUGAGCCAGUUCUUGGUUGGCACCCCCCCCUUAGCUGCCAGGAGGGUGCUGGCGACAAACAGGUUUGGUUUUGGACUACUCGAUAGCAAUUUAUUCACGAGGCAGUUUCCCUGUUACAUAUUGCUGCUUGAACGUCUGAAGUACAGCGUGUUGUAUUUGAUUGUAACACAAGUCUGCGGCCGCGCCAAGGAUGGACAUGACCUGUUCGAAAGAGCUGUAGUGGGGAAAAAUGUAGCCCGUUGAAAUAAAGCCUCUCUAAAGAUUU